AUGUUUUUUUUUAACGUGUUGUUAACUUCAUUUUACCUUCAUGCUAGUAUUGCGAAUUACCUUGAUGGAUUGAAUGGAACAGAACUAGUACUUACUUUUCUGGUACAUCGACAUGGUGAUAGGUCACCUUUGCAAGAGUACCAAUACCUAAGCGAUAAGCCUGAAUUGCUUGAGAAAAUUGUAGCACCAUUCGGAUACGGCCAACUGACUGACUUUGGGAAACGUCGAGCCUACGAACUGGGAAAAUUCAUACGAAGUAGAUAUAACAAUUACCUUUCGCCUAAAUAUAACCACUCAGAAAUCUACAUCCGGUCUACCGACUCCACACGUACUAAGAUGACGGUGUUAGUGGCGAUGGCAGCUGUAUAUCACCCUGAUGGAUUUGGCUGGAGUGAAGAUAUCAACUGGGUUCCAGUACCGUACACCACUAUACCAUUGCGUUAUGACUUCCUCAUGGGCUUUAACUGCCCAAGCUUCGAAAAACAUUUUGAUAAUUUUGCAAAUACUUAUGUACCUGAAAUGGCGAAAUAUAGUGACGUGCUGGAUCGACUUUCCUCAGCGCUGAAAUAUGACAUCAUACAAAGAAAUCCAGUUAAAAUAUUCUCCACAUAUGACGUGAUCGUAAGUCAGACUAAUAUUGGCCUUCAUCCAUCACCAUCAAUACAAAAAAUGAUGCCGGAUAUAAAAGAGGCGGCUGAUAAAGCGUUUGAUUUAUUAUUUGGUAACGAUACCAUGCUGCCAUUACAAUCUGGUUUACUUUUAAGAGAAUUCUUCGAAGUAACCGCAUUAGCAACUGCUGGAAAGUCCACUCAAAAAGUGAGGAUUUACUCCGCACACGACAACAAUGUUUACGCUUUCGCGGCGAUAUCCAAGGCAAUACCAAGACAGGGCAUACCGCCUUAUGCUGCAUUAUUUGCUCUGGAAUUAAGGAGAGUGAUGGAAACGGGAAAUUAUGUCGUUUUACCAAUUUACGUGAAAUCUCCUGGUGAACAAGUGCAGUACCUAGAGAUUGAAGGAUGCGGUGGACCGCUGUGCGACCUCAAGAAGUUCUACGCCAUCACUUCGCCCUAUCUGCUCGACGUUAACGAGUGGAAGAAAAGGUGUAACUAUGAUGAGAACGCUACAUACGAUACUCAAAGAUACGAUUGA